CUCGAGUUUCUCUUCCGUCACAUUGUCGACGACCGUGACCCAACGUCAACCUCGUCAAAACCGACCAACCGCCGUCGACAUCGUGCGAUCACAUACCCCUUGGUUAGAACAUCCAUCUAGACUCACUCCCACCCAUAUACCCUCUUCUCUCUUCCUGAGUACUACUCCCUUCUACAACCAGAAUCAACGCAUCUCAACAUGCUCCGCACAUCAGCUCGUUCCCUCGUCGCUUCCUCGUCCCGGUCGGCCGCCAGGGUCACCGUCCCUACCGUCGCCAGAUCUGCUCAGCGAGGCCUCAGGACUUGUGCCGGUGUACAGGUCGCACGAACACUUCAGCAGAAUGUCAACUUUGCUGCUCCUCGAGCGGCUUUCCACUCUACCCGCAUGGUCGCUGCUCCCGAGACCGUAAAAGUACCCCAGAUGGCCGAGUCCCUUACCGAGGGUACUCUGCGAUCGUUCUCUUACGAGAUUGGUGACUUUGUCGAGCAGGACGCCGAGAUUGCCAGUAUCGAGACAGACAAGAUUGACGUCUCCGUCAACGCUCCCUUUUCGGGAACGAUUACCGAGUUCUUGGCCAACCCUGACGACACCGUCCAGGUCGGUCAGGACCUGUUGAAGAUGGAGAAGGGUGAAGGUGGCGCUGCUCCCAAGGCUGACGAGGGCAAGAAGGAGGAGUCUGCCGCUCCCAAAGAGGAGCCCGUCAAGGACGAGAAGAAGCCUGAACCCAAGAAGGAGGAGCCCAAGAAGGAAGAAAAGCCCGCUCCUGCCCCCGCUCCCAAGCAGGAGAAGAAGGAGCCCGCCAAGAAGGAGACCACUCCCGAGCCCGCUACCAGCAAAGCUCCUGGAGCUCGGGAAGAGACCCGGGUCAAGAUGUCCCGUAUGCGUCAGACUAUUGCCAAGCGUCUCAAGGAGACCCAGAACACCGCUGCUUCCCUCACGACCUUCAACGAGAUUGACAUGACCAACAUUAUGGAGUUCCGAGGAAGGUGGAAGGACAGGGUCUUGAAGGAGACCGGCGUCAAGCUCGGUUUCAUGUCGGCCUUCUCCAAGGCUGCCGCUGAUGCCCUCCAGGCGUUCCCCAUGGCCAACGCAUCGGUCGACGGGGACCAGAUCGUCUACCGAAACUAUGCCGAUAUUUCUGUCGCCGUCUCGACCGAGAAGGGUCUGGUCACCCCUGUAUUGAGAAACGUCGAGGGCAUGGGUAUGAUCGAGAUUGAGCAGGCCAUCGCUGGGCUCGCCAAGAAGGCCCGGGAUAACAAGCUCGCUAUGGAGGACAUGAGUGGUGGUACUUUCACCAUCUCUAACGGAGGCGUGUGGAAGAGUUGGAUGUCUACUCCUAUCUUGAACCAGGGUCAGGCCGCCAUCUUGGGUAUGCAUGACAUCAAGAUGAAGCCUUGGGUUGUCGGAAACGAGGUCAAGGUCAGGCCCAUCAUGGUCGUCGCCCUUACUUACGACCACAGACUGCUCGAUGGACGGGAAGCUGUCCAGUUCUUGGUCCGCAUCAAAGAGAACAUCGAAGACAUGGGACGAAUGUUGCUCUAAAAGCAGUUGGAGGGAAUGUACACCUUUUUAAUACGAUAUAUGAUCUGCAUGACGAUUCUC